GCUGAAGCCUUAGAAUCUCCGAAAGGAUACCUUGUUUCUCAAGUCAUGGGACAAGUCUUAGACAAAUUUCAUGGGAAGGAAUGGAGAAAGAGACAGAUUCGAAGAAUCAGUGAUAGGGUUUUUGAGCGUGUCAAAAAUCAGGCAGCAAGACGUAAUCUAACGUUUGAAGAUCUGUAUAUUGCUGUCUUGCUGGUGUAUAAUGAUAUUAAUAAGCGUUUGCCUGGGCCUCACAUUGAUCCACCCUCUAAGGACCAAAUCAGAUCAAUAAUGAAGGAAUGUGACUUGAACCUUGAUGGAGAAAUCGACAACAAUGAAUUUUUGAAAUUCAUUCAGAGGCUUACGCCCGACACCAUUUCUGUUGUUAGUCGGGGACUGCUUGUCGCUUUGGUUGCCGCUCCAACCGUAGCUAUGGCAGCAAAGAAGGCGACUGAGGGCGUUCCUGGUGUUGGCAGAAUGGUGCAGAAGGUACCCAAUUCGAUUUAUGCAUCCCUUGUGACCGUCGCAACCGUUUGGAUUCAAACAUCGUGUGAAGAGAUUGGAGAUUGAUGAGU